AUGCUGCCCCUACGCACAGCAUUCCGCGCUCGGCCCGCGACAGCUUUCCUGACCACCGCCCGCGUCACUCCUCCCGCCGCACGGCGGUUCUACCACGAGAAAGAUAUCCGGCCCCGAAAUCCGGGCUCCCUCGACAAGUCCGACCCUGCCGUCGGCACCGGCCUCGUCGGCGCCCCUGCCUGCGGCGAUGUCAUGAAGCUCCAGAUCAAGGUCGACGAGAGCGGCACAAUCACCGACGCAAAGUUCAAGACCUUUGGCUGCGGCUCGGCCAUCGCCUCCUCGAGCUACCUGACCACUCUUGUCAAGGGCAUGCGAUUGGAGGACGCAGCCAAGAUUAAGAACGUCGAUAUCUCAAAGGAGCUGUGCUUGCCCCCCGUCAAGCUCCACUGCUCCAUGCUCGCCGAGGACGCCAUCAAGGCCGCCAUCGCCGACUACCACACCAAGAACCCCGGCAUCACCGCCUCAAAUCUCGCCGGCACUGCCAAGGCCAUCCCCAAGGCCGCCGAGGCCACUGCCUGA